GGUAAGAAGGCCUUGGUUCUGUUGGAAGCUGAGCCCCAAAGCCUUACGGGAGCUCCCUGGCGGAGCGUAAGCUCCAGCCCGGGGGUCCUAGGCCUCCGUGCGGACUGGGCCUCCAGCUCAGCUCCUCUUCAGGCCCCGGAGCAGGGAGCCGGCGUCGCCAUGGCGACGUCGGAGGGGCUGGAACGCUGGGUGCGAGACGAGCUGCACUCGGUGCUGGGCCUGAGCGAGCGGCACGUGGCCCAGUUCCUCAUCGGCACCGCUCAGCGCAGCGCCUCGGCCGAGGAUUUCGUGCAGCGCCUGCGAGACACCGACACCUUGGACCUCAGCGGGCCCGCCCGGGACUUCGCGCUGAGACUCUGGAACAAGGUACCACGGAAGGCGGUGGUGGAAAAGCCAGCUCACGCAGCUGAGCGAGAGGCUCGGGCCCUGCUGGAGAAGAACCGGUCGUAUAAGUUGCUAGAAGACAGCGAGGAGAGCAGUGCGGAGACCGGGGGCAGGGCUGGGAGCAGCUUCAAGAAGAAGCGGAAGAAACGGAAGCACCUGAGGAAGAAAUGCCAGGAGGAGGAGGAGGAGGAGGAAGAGGCCUCUGAGAAAGACAGGAGGAAGACGGGGGACAGCAGGCAGCAGGCGGAGAAGCCAGAGUCGGAGGAUGAGUGGGAGCGCACAGAGCGGGAGCGCCUGCAGGACCUGGAGGAGCGCGAUGCCUUUGCUGAGCGAGUUCGGAAGCGGGACAAGGACCGGACUCGCAAUGUCCUGGAGCGGUCAGACAAGAAGGCGUACGAAGAGGCUCAGAAGCGCCUGAAGCUGGCUGAGGAAGACCGGAAAGCCAUGGUGCCCGAGCUGCGGAAGAAGUCUCGCCGAGAGUACCUGGCCAAGCGGGAGCGGGAGAAGCUGGAGGACCUGGAGGCGGAGCUGGCUGACGAGGAAUACCUCUUCGGGGAUGUGGAGCUGAGCAGGCACGAGCGGCGGGAGCUCAAGUACAAGCGACGGGUGCGGGACCUGGCCCGGGAGUACCGGGCGGCUGGGGAGCAGGAGAAGCUGGAGGCCACCAACCGCUACCACAUGCCCAAGGAGAGCCGAGGCCAGCCGGCGCGAGCUGAGAGUGUGCUGGAGGAGGAGUCGGUCGCGCCUGGGGAGGAGCAGCGGCGCUGGGAGGAGGCCCUGCUGGGAGCAGCGUCCCUGAAGGUCGGGGCCCGAGACGCUGCCGCCCAGGAGCCGCAGUACCAGCUGGUGCUGGAGGAAGAGGAGACCAUCGAGUUUGUCCGGGCCACCCAGCUGCAGGGCGAUGAGGAGCCCUUGACGCCGGCCCCGCAGAGCCAGGCCCAGCAGAAGGAGCCCAUCCAGGCCGUGCGCCACAGCCUCCCCGUGUUUCCAUUCCGAGAGGAUCUCCUGGCGGCCAUUGCCAGUCACCAGGUCCUGAUCAUUGAAGGCGAGACCGGCUCGGGGAAGACCACCCAGAUACCCCAGUAUCUCUUUGAGGAGGGUUACACGGAGAAGGGCAUGAAGAUAGCCUGCACCCAGCCCCGAAGAGUGGCGGCCAUGAGUGUGGCAGCCCGCGUGGCCCGGGAGAUGGGCGUGAAGCUUGGCAAUGAGGUUGGCUACAGCAUCCGCUUUGAGGACUGCACAUCGGAGCGUACCGUUCUCCGCUACAUGACUGACGGGAUGCUGCUCCGGGAAUUCCUCUCUGAGCCUGACCUCGCCAGCUACAGCGUGGUGAUGGUGGAUGAGGCCCAUGAGCGGACCCUGCACACCGACAUUCUCUUUGGAUUGAUCAAGGAUGUAGCUCGCUUCCGGCCAGAGCUCAAAGUCCUGGUGGCCUCCGCCACACUGGACACUGCCCGCUUUUCCACCUUCUUCGAUGAUGCUCCUGUCUUCCGGAUCCCCGGACGCAGGUUUCCGGUUGACAUCUUCUACACUAAGGCCCCAGAGGCUGACUACCUGGAAGCCUGUGUGGUGUCAGUGCUGCAGAUCCACGUGACCCAGCCGCCGGGGGACAUCCUGGUGUUCCUGACAGGACAGGAGGAGAUUGAAGCUGCCUGUGAGAUGCUCCAGGACCGCUGCCGCCGCCUGGGCUCCAAAAUCCGGGAGCUGCUGGUGCUGCCCAUCUACGCCAACCUGCCCUCCGACAUGCAGGCUCGCAUCUUCCAGCCCACACCCCCCGGGGCGAGAAAGGUGGUCGUGGCGACCAACAUUGCUGAGACAUCACUCACCAUCGAGGGCAUCAUUUACGUGCUGGACCCCGGCUUCUGCAAGCAGAAGAGCUACAACCCCCGCACAGGCAUGGAGUCACUCACGGUCACCCCCUGCAGCAAGGCCUCAGCCAAUCAGCGAGCUGGCCGGGCAGGCCGCGUGGCUGCAGGGAAGUGCUUCCGCCUGUAUACCGCCUGGGCCUAUCAGCAUGAGCUCGAGGAGACAACGGUGCCCGAGAUCCAGAGGACCAGCCUGGGCAAUGUGGUGCUGCUGCUCAAGAGCUUAGGGAUCCACGACCUCAUGCACUUUGAUUUCCUGGACCCGCCACCGUAUGAGACCCUGCUGCUGGCUUUGGAGCAGCUGUACGCCCUGGGAGCCCUCAACCACCUCGGGGAGCUCACCACGUCUGGUCGGAAGAUGGCCGAGCUGCCGGUGGACCCCAUGCUGUCCAAGAUGAUUCUGGCCUCUGAAAAGUACAGCUGCUCAGAGGAGAUCCUGACAGUGGCUGCCAUGCUGUCCGUCAACAACGCCAUCUUCUAUCGGCCCAAAGACAAGGUCGUCCAUGCGGACAAUGCCCGAAUCAACUUCUCCCUCCCCGGUGGGGACCACCUGGCUCUGCUCAACGUUUACACUCAGUGGGCCGAGAGCGCCUACUCCUCCCAGUGGUGCUAUGAGAACUUCAUACAGUUCAGAUCGAUGCGCCGAGCCCGGGACGUGCGGGAACAGCUGGAGGGGCUCCUGGAGCGGGUGGAAGUUGGUCUCAGUUCCUGCCAGGGGGAUUAUAUCCGAGUCCGGAAGGCCAUCACCGCUGGUUACUUCUACCACACAGCGCGGCUGACUCGGAGUGGGUACCGCACCGUCAAGCAGCAGCAGACUGUGUUUAUCCACCCCAACUCGUCCCUCUUCGAGCAGCAGCCCCGCUGGCUGCUCUACCACGAACUGGUCCUGACCACCAAGGAGUUCAUGAGACAGGUACUGGAAAUUGAGAGCAGUUGGCUUCUGGAGGUGGCACCCCACUAUUAUAAAGCCAAAGAGCUAGAAGACCCCCAUGCUAAGAAAAUGCCCAAGAAGAUAGGCAAGACUCGGGAAGAGCUAGGGUAACGAGAAGAGAACGGAAGUUGAACCUGAGCCCAGCUCCUCCCCUCGCUGUGUGUUAUUUAAAAAUACCAAGUAAAUAAAGUUAUUUAUGGAGUAAA